AUGGUUGUAGCAAUAUAUACUCUGUGCUCUCACUUUGUGUGGCUCGCCUUGAGCGCACAUUGCAUUGAGGCGGUUGCUGAGGGUCCAUAUAUAGGCCUUAUUGGGGAUCCACCAUGUCCAGAGUGUGGGGGGCCGUACUUGAUUAAUGUCACUUGGGCAGAAGAUUAUCCUCGAAUAGAUAAACUAGGAGGUCUUGUAGGAGCACUUGUAGCUUUUUUUGUUUCUGUUAUUUUCAUUUUAGUCCUAUAUAAACAUACACGUACAAUGGGGAGGGAUACAAGGGUGAUAAGGGAUGACAGGCAAUUAGAGAUGAGAGAGGUCAUCUCGGAAACACCUCCACAGACACUUCUUGUGGAGGGACAGCAGGAUAGACCCCCACACCCACAGAGUCUUCCUAUGGAGAGACCUUUCGUGGUGAGACAUCCUGAGGCCUCUAUCCUAGUUAACACAUUUCUUGCCCGGCGAAUUUCUAGGGAGGAAUGUGCUAACAUGUGUGAGAUAUGUCAGCUUGACUAUGAUGAGGGACAACUCGUGCGAGUUCUUCCUUCUUGUGGUCACUUUUAUCACCAUAUUUGCAUAUUGAACUGGAUGACGUUUGGGGCUCUCAACUGCCCUCAUUGUCGUGCAGUCAUAUAG